CGUCUCAUAGCAACCAACGUCAUCCAAGGAAAAUGGCAAAAUUUGUCCUCGCUGGUAAAACGGACUGUCCGUAUUAUGCCAAAGCAGAACUUUUAGCAGACACUUUGCAGCGCUGUCUGCCAGACUUCCGGACUCAUAAAAUAGCCAUUCUUCCAGAUGAGUGGAAGGAAUGGCUUGAGUCGACCUGUCAAAAAAAUGGAUGGAAACAUGUGCAGUCUCCUUUAAUCUGGAGGGAGCUGGUGGACCAAGGAGGCAAAGGGAUGUUUCUGGGGGGCUUCAGUGACUUUCUCGAACAUUGCCAAGACUAUUACAAUAUUACAUCAGAUAUGUCGACAGAAAUGAUGCUGAAAGUUGCAGAAGAGAAUCUUUCAGCCAAAAUGAGCUUGAUUGUGGAUGAACAGCAACGUCUUAGUCUCAUUCAACCCUUUCGUGUAUGGAUCACCAGUGCUCUCAGUCCAACUUGCCUCUUCCUGAUCCCGAAUCUGCUCUCCGCUGAGGUGUUCCCUAAUGUUUCCAUGAUCAGCAUCCACCUUUUGGACCUGGAAGGAACCAAGGAAGACCUGCAGGGCCUGAAGAUGGAGACAGAGGACCUGGCAGCCCCUCUGCUUUACCAGGUGACCAUUCAUACAGAUCUGGAGCUGGCGUUCCAGGAAGCAGACGUCAUUGUGCUUCUGGAUGAUCAGUGGUCUGAUGACAGCGAUGGAGAGAAUGAGGAGGAAAAGAAGAAUAUGAUCAAAAGUAUCACAGAGUGCUACAAAGAGUAUGGACGUCUGAUUAAUGAGAGGGCGAAGAAGGUAGUGAAGGUAAUGGUGUCUGGUGACUCCUUUGUCAACCUGAAAUGUUCGCUGCUACUGGAGAAUGCUUCCUCCAUUAAUUGCUGCUGCUUUGUCGCCGCGGCAACCCAGUUAGAGAAUGAAGCCAGGGUUGUCAUUGCAAAGAAGCUGAAUGUGACAACAUCAGAUGUUACAGAUGUCAUUGUGUGGGGAAACAUCAGCGGCAGUUUCUUCAUCGACCUACAGAGGGCAAAGGUUUACAACUAUGAUGGAGCAAUCAAAGGACCAGCUUUCUUUUCCCAACCAGUCCAACAAAUUAUUUACGACAGGAAAUGGCUGGAGACAGAGUUUCAAGACUUGGUACGGUACCAGCGUGCAGCUGUUACGUCUAAGACCUGCAGAACAGCUGCCAUGUCAGCUGCCAAUGGGAUCCUGACGGUGCUGAAGGCUUGGAGUGGGACUGGUAGGACAGAUCAGGUCCUCUCUGUUGGUGUAAUAUGUCUGGGUAAAUAUGAUCUCCCAGAAGACGUCAUUCUCUCAGUGCCAGUGACUUUUACAGCUGGUAAAUGGUCCGUGGUGCCUGAAGUGAACAUUGAAGACAAGCUGAGGGAUAAACUACGACUUUCAGCAACAGAACUUAGACAGGAAAAAGAACUGGCAACAGAAAGUGUAACAUCUGGGGAAGAUGCUACAACACAUUAAAAUUUCACACUUUUCCCUUAGGAAUGUUAUGGAAAAUAAAAGAGUAAUUUCAGUGUUCAGUUUUGCUUCAGUUUGUUCUUUUAUUCUCUUUACUUUCACAUGUGGAGUUGCAGUUUUAAUUUACCAGUUUAAUAACAAUACAUCAUUUCUGCUUUGUGAAACUCGUCCCUGGCUGUUAUGUUUCUUUUUUUUAGAUGUAAAAGAUCAAACUGAGUACUUUAUGGAAAAAGGAGAAA